AUGUCAAACCUUGCAAAACUCGAAUUUGUUGCUCUUGAUAUUACUGAAAACAACUAUCUGUCUUGGGUGUUAGAUGCUGAAAUACAUUUAGAUGCAAAGGGACUUGGUGAUACUAUUAAAGAAAACAACACUGCAACAAGCCAAGAUAAGGCUAAGACUAUGAUAUUCCUUCGCCAUCACCUUCAUGAAGGCCUUAAGACUGAGUGCUUGACUAUUAAAGACCCACAAGUCCAUUGGAGUAAUCUAAAGGAAAGAUAUGACCACCAAAUUACAUCACAAUUGAAAUUAUGUGGAGAGAAAAUCACGGAUGCAGAAAUGUUAGAAAAAACAUACUCCACUUUUCAUGCAAACAAUGUUGUCCUGCAGACACAAUACCGUGAAAAGGGUUUUACAAAAUAUUCUGAAUUGAUAUCUUGUCUCCUUGUGGCUGAGCAAAAUAAUGAACUAUUAAUGAAAAAUCAUGAAUCACGCCCAACUGGCUCUACUCCAUUCCCUGAAGCGAAGGCGACAUCCCAUAGUGGGAAAGAGAAAAAGGCUAGAGAUCACGCCAGCAGUCGUGGUCGAGGUCGUGGUCGCGGCUGCGGACGUGGACAUGAUCGUGGUCGAGGUGGUCAUUUUAGAAACUCAUACUCUCACCAGAAGUGGGACAAUAAAGAUGGAAAUAAGAAUGAGAAGGAUAAAUAUGAAAAUAUAUGCUACCGUUGUGGAGGAAAAGUCCAUUGGUCUCGUGUGUGUCGUACACCAAAACAUCUAGUAGACCUUUAUCAACAAUCAAUCAAACAGAAAGGAAAGAAAGUGGAAACAAAUUUGGUGUACGAGGAUGGCGAAAGUGAUUUUGAUUACGAUGAUCAAACUCACCUGGAAGCAGCUGAUUUCUUUCCUAAUUCUGAAGAAAAUAAUUGA